AUGAGUUCUCCGCCGCCUGCACGUCCGUUGGACAUACCGGUCCAGCCUCAGCGGCCUCACUCCGCGGAGCCUAGAGUUCUUGUUCCGGCUGCCGUUGAAGCAGCCCCUCCGAUGCAGUCAGCAGGCCCUGAAGCAGCUACCACGGUGCAGCCAGCUGGAGUUGAAGCAGCCAACAAGGGCCAGUCAAUCGGCGGUGUGCAACACGAGCCUUCAGUCAAACAAGAAGCCCCUGUCGAGUCGGUCAGGGAGGACAUUGCCGGCAUCAACGAGCAUGUCCCGCAGACCAGGGUGAAGGAGGGGCCUGUUGAUAAACCCGUCUUGAAGAAUAGUGUCGAGGAGAGGCUUCAGAGACCGCGGGAACUUAAGGAGCGGUUUUCCAAGUCGGCGUCUGUCGGAGAGGUGGUCAAUGCCAGUGAUGCAGAUCAGUCUGCUCAGGAGGCAGUUGAAGAGGCAGUUCAGGAGCCUUCACCAGCUCUCUCGAACCUCGAGAAGCUCAUCGAUACGACGGAGCCUGAGCCUUUGGAGAAUGGAGUCCAUUCCGCCAUGAAGGCCCUGCAAAAACUCCAAGUCUUCCUUGCUAAAGACACUAACGACACGCAAAUCCGCAAAUGGCUCGACACUAUAGCCGCUCUGCGGAAAUCUGCCAAGCGUACUCGUACAGUGGUUGGUGUUGUUGGUAACACCGGUGCUGGAAAGAGCUCCUUGAUCAACGCCAUGCUGGACCAGACUCGGCUGCUUCCAACAAAUGGAGUGCGAGCAUGCACAGCUGUGGUGACUGAGAUGUCAUGGAAUGCGUCGGAUGACCCCAGGGAGCAGUACCGAGCGGAGAUUGAGUUCAUUUCACGGGAAGAUUGGUCCAAGGAGGUGGACUAUCUCUUUGAAGAACUCUUCGAGAACCAGGAGCUGUCUCAAGAUUACUUGAAUAGCGAGACUGAAGCUGGCGUCGCUUAUGCCAAGAUCCGUGCAGUAUUUCCGCAACUGACUCGAAACAAAGCACUCCUCAAGGAGUGUACCCCUACCAAGCUCGCCACACAUCCCGAUGUCCUCAAAGUGGUCGGCUCAGUCAAGACCAUUGCCGAAUCAUCUCCCCUGGCUCUGUAUCAGAACCUUCAGCUCUACUUAGACAGCACAGAUAAGGAGGCCAUGGUCGACAAGGCGAGCGCAGGCUCGAAACAGAAGAAACCCAUGGCGUUCUGGCCGUUGAUCAAGGUCGUGCGCGUCUACGUCAAGGCAGAUAUCCUAUCGACCGGCAUUAUCCUUGUUGAUCUUCCUGGAAUUCAGGAUGCAAACGCCGCUCGCUCGGCGGCUACAUGUGACAAAUCGGCCAGAAACCUACUGGGCAACUUCUUCAAGCUCCAGCUCAAGAUGGAUGGCAGCUACCGCAAUGUCACGUUCAUUUGUUCGAAAACUGAUGACAUCGUCAUUCACGAGACCGCCCAGACCCUGGACCACGCAGGUAAAUUAGAAGAUUUCCAAGUUCGAGAUUCUCAGUUGUUGUCCAUGAUCAAAGUCAACAAGGGAGAGCUCAAGCGUUUGGAUAACAUCAAGGACGCCGAGCUAUUUCGUUACGAUACUAAGGCCGAGGAGUGGAAGCAGUGGAGGAAACUUGCCAGAGAUGCUGCCAAAGGCAGGAAGGUCUAUGCGCCAGUUGCGGUUUCUAGGAAGCGGAAGAAGAACCACCGCGGUCCCGGUCGUCGUGUCCGGCGUGGACAACGCCAAAUGGUGGACUCUGACUCUGAUGAUUCUACUGACGACGAAGCAAGUGAGGUGCUCACCGCGGAGGCCGCGCAACAACGGGUGAUUGAGCUCAAGGCCGAGACGGAGGCCCUCGGCAAUAAAUGCGAUCAAGUUGAAGACCAAAUCGCUCAGGUCGAGCAGUCGACGCAAGGUCUUAUCGACUCGAGAGAAGCCCUCUCGAAUGACAAGGUGGCGUACUGCAUUCAACUGCGUAAUGACUACUCUCGUGAUGGGAUUCGUCGAGAUUUUGCCGCUGGCAGACGGGAGCUUGAUCAAGAAGAAGCUUCCCAAGCAAACCCCCAAGCCUUUGAUCCUGACCAAGACCUCCAAGAUUACAACGAGGUGGCCCAAUCCCUGGAAGUCUUCUGCGUCAGCUCACGGGGUUAUCAACAGGCAUGUGGACGGGGAGAUAUCGACAACCCAGUCAAGGGAUUCCGAACCGUGGAAGAUUCUGAAAUUCCUCAGCUGCGGGCCUACGCUAAAAAGCUGACGGAGGGCGCCCGUGUGCUUCGAACUCAGACUUAUCUUUCCGAUUUCAAUCGUCUCCUCAAGAGUCUGACCGACUGGUCUACAAACAACACCAAGACGGAGCGACGCCUCAAGUUGAGCCAGGAUUGCAGGCAAGAGGAGCUGAAGUUCCUCCACAAACAUGCCCGCGCCCUCAGGGAGCUUCUUGAGGGCGAGGUCAACAAGACAGUCGGCAACUUCACCAAGACGAUGGACCGGUGCAUCAUCAACAAGGAGGCAGGGGCUAUUCUGGGAGCGGGCCGCAAGGCACCGGAUAUUGUGGCUAGCUGGGGAGCCAAGGCAGCUGACGGAGGUGUACACUGGAACACAUACCGGAGCACCUGCAAGCACAAGGGCGACAAGAGGAAAGGAUCAUCGGCGAGGGAUUUCAACCAAGAGCUCACCGAGCCUUUUCUCCUGUGUAUCGCGACGGGCUGGGAGAAGGCCUUCUCGACUGAGCUUCCAAAGCUCUUGGACGCCUUGUAUCAAAGUGCCAAUCGGCGGCUGCUUGAGUUUCACCAGACGGAAGUGAAUCGACCUAACCUGGUACCCUACAAGGCAUACGGCAAUGACUUCCUCACUCGCCAGGCAGAGCAAUACUCUCGAAGCAUGCAGGCAAUGGUCGAUGAGCAGCGGGUGUCCACUAUGACUUCCCAGAGAGACACAAACAGGCAGUUCACGCCCGUGAUCAAGGAGGCGAUGUCCAAAAUCUACAAGGCCUGUAGUGACAUCAGGGGCCGGGGCUGUUUCGAGAACAUGAAGGCUACCAUGGAAAACUGUGUCCGCAAGAACAAGUCCACCAUAUACAAGAAGGCGGCCGAGUCGGUCCGGCCAGACUUGCAAUUGAUAAACAAGGGCUUGGAACAGGGACUGCUGGACGGCGUCGACAAGCUAAUCACGGAUAUUGAGGAGGACUGGAGGGCCUUGAUCACAGGCGAGACCGGUAUCGACGUGCCCCAUCCGGCUCGCGAGGAGAUCCGAAAGCUUCUGAGCACGAUCGACGCGGCCUUUGGAGACACCUCGUCUGCGCCUCCUAUGGAUACGGAGAUGAGGGAAGUGGCUUCCAACCCGGAUGAGGUGGUUCGUGCUUCUCCCGCUGUCCCUGAGGCACUCGCUACCGGUGGUUCUGCUGCCGAUGAGCAUAACUCUGUUGCAUCUGCCGCUGCAAGUGCUUCUGGUAGUGUGCUUCUUGGAGUGGACGGCAUCAAGACGGAGGGGCCCGAGUGA